GCUCUUAACUCCAUGUUUCCGGCGGGACAGUUUUGACCUGUGCAUCCCGCGGGCUUCCGGUCUUGGUGGUUGUGCCGGAGCGGGAUGGAGCGACGCUGAGAGGCGGCUCCGAGGCGGGCAGAAGCCGGCAAACAGGCGGGGAAUAUCCCCGUGGCUCAAUGGACGGCUGGAGCUGACAUACAUCCCCGGGGCACUGCGGGACAAUGAAGCUCCUGAAACCAACCUGGGUUAAUCAUAAUGGCAAGCCCAUUUUUUCAGUGGACAUUCAUCCAGAUGGCACCAAGUUUGCUACAGGAGGUCAAGGACAAGAUUCUGGGAAAGUUGUUAUCUGGAAUAUGCCACCUUUACUCAAAGAGGAAGAUGAAAAGAAUGAAAAUAUUCCCAAGAUGCUCUGCCAGAUGGACAACCACUUAGCCUGCGUGAACUGCGUCCGGUGGUCCAACAGUGGAGCUUAUUUAGCAUCUGGAGGGGAUGACAAGCUUAUCAUGGUGUGGAAACGAUCAGGAUACAUUGGACCCAGCACUGUUUUUGGUUCCAGCAGCAAAUUGGCUAAUGUAGAGCAGUGGCGUUGCCUUUCCAUUCUCAGGAGUCAUUCUGGAGAUGUGAUGGACGUAUCAUGGUCACCCCAUGAUGCCUGGUUAGCUUCAUGCAGUGUGGAUAACACAGUGGUUAUAUGGAAUGCCUUGAAAUUCCCAGAGAUCAUUUCCACAUUACGGGGCCACUCGGGGCUGGUGAAAGGACUAACAUGGGAUCCUGUUGGCAAGUACAUUGCUUCUCAGGCUGAUGACCGAAGCAUCAAGGUCUGGAGGACGAUGGACUGGCAGCUAGAAACAAGCAUCACAAAACCAUUUGAUGAGUGUGGAGGAACAACCCAUGUCUUGCGGCUUAGCUGGUCUCCAGAUGGACAUUACCUGGUAUCGGCUCAUGCCAUGAACAACUCUGGCCCCACGGCCCAAAUCAUUGAACGUGAUGGUUGGAAGGCAAACAUGGACUUUGUGGGACAUCGUAAAGCUGUCACAGUGGUGAAAUUCAAUCCAAAAAUCUUUAAGAAGAAGCAAAAAAAUGGGAGCUCCACAAAGACCAACUGUCCUUACUGCUGCUGUGCUGUUGGAAGCAAGGACCGGUCCUUGUCAGUAUGGCUCACUUGCCUUAAGAGGCCUUUGGUUGUAAUACAUGAACUUUUUGACAAAUCCAUAAUGGAUAUCUCUUGGACUUUAAAUGGACUGGGCAUUUUGGUCUGUUCUAUGGAUGGAUCAGUUGCUUAUCUCGAUUUCUCCCAGGAUGAGCUUGGUGACCCAUUAAGUGAGGAAGAGAAGAAUAAUAUCCACCAAACUACAUAUGGAAAGAGUCUGGCCAUCACAACAGAGCCCCAGCUGUCUAACACUGUUAUAGAGAAUCCAGAGAUGCUCAAGUUUCAGCAGAGGCAGCAGCCACAUCAGGAUGGGGAACAUAGGGUGCAAGCACAGAGGGAGGCUCCAGCUCAUAAUGUGGCAAGCAUGGUGAAUGGGGAAAGUUUGGAGGACAUAAGAAAGAACCUCUUGAAAAAGCAAGUGGAGACACGGACAGCAGAUGGACGGCGUAGGAUCACACCACUCUGCAUUGCUCAGCUAGACACUGGGGACUUUUCCACAGCAUUUUUUAAUAGUAUUCCAAUAUCUGGUGCACUUCCGGGCUCAAUGCUGACUUCACAAAGCAACCAGCAACUCAUAUCCUUGGAUUCCAACACAACCAGCUCUUCUGGGGCCCCCAAGUCUAAUGCGGAACUUGCAGGAAACACAAAACCAGCUGAGGAAACCGUAAAUAAAGAGAGUGGGAAUGCUUCAUCUUCCAGUCCUGUAGCCCCCAAUAGCAUCUCUGCCCAGCCAAAGAUAGAACCCAUGAAGGCACUUGACUCCAGAUUUACCGAACGUUCAAAAGCCACCUCAGGAACAGCAGGAGUUGCUCAUUUGAACCAAACAGCGGUUGACCGACUAAAAGAGCAAAAUGUUACAAAGGAUUCAAAGCCACGAGAGGUCCUUGAGAGUAGCAGUGACAGUGAGGAAAAGAUUCCUGCAACCAAACAGCUUUCCAAACGAAAAGGGGAGUCUGAUGCUGAUCUUGGAGAGAAGAGGAAGAAAGGGAGGCCACGCAAAGACCCCCGACUGUCGGUCUCCCUCACUCUGCAGUCUCAGGUGGCAUCAACCUCUGAAAAGGAAUUAACAUGUGUAACAACAUCCUCAUUAACCCUUAAGCUUCCAACUCCCACUCCUCAAAAAUCUUUUACUGUACAGUUAAGCUCAGACCCUUCCAUGUACAUUGAAGUUGAGAAUGAAGUGAAAACAGUAGGUGGAAACAAACUCAGCCAGCUCAAGUGUCACCGAGAAGGGAAAGAAUGGGAAGCGGUGCUCACAAGUCGUAUCCUUGCAGCAGCAGGCAGCAACGAGGUGGUGUGCGUGGCCUGCGAGAAAAGAAUGUUGUCUAUUUUCUCAGGCAGUGGAAGGAGACUGUUCCCACCCAUCAUUCUUCCCUCACCUAUUUCCACGCUGCAGUGUACAGGAUCCUAUGUUAUGGCUCUCACAGCUGCUGCUGCUCUCUCUGUCUGGGAUGUCCAGAACCAGAAGGUAAUCAUCAAAGAUGAAUCAUUACAACCACUUUUAUCAGGUAACGAUAUGACCGUUUCUCAGACAUUGCUAACAAAGAGGGGGAUACCGGUGCUAAACCUGUCCAAUGGGAAAGCAUAUUGCUUCAGUCCCAGUCUCUCCACAUGGAGUCUAGUCUCUGACAAACAGGAUUCCUUGACACAGUGUGCAGAUUACCGGAACUGCAUGCCCUCACAAGACGCCAUCAUGUGCUCUGGACCAUUAGCCAUAAUUCAAGGACGAGCGUCUAAUGCUGGCAGACAGGCUGCUCGCCUUUUUACGAUGCCUCAUCAAGUGCAGCAAGAAACCACCAUGGCUUACCUUGAGAACCAGGUAGCAGCUGCUCUUAUGCUGCAGUCCAGCCAGGAAUACAGGCACUGGUUGCUCAUCUAUGCACGAUACCUGGUCAAUGAAGGCUUUGAACAGAGGCUACGAGAAGUAUGUCAGGACCUGCUAGGCCCAGUCCAUAAUUCUAGUGAUAGUCAAUGGGAAUCAAGAAUUCUGGGUUUGCGGAAAAGAGAGCUAUUAAAGGAGCUUCUCCCUCUGAUAGGACAGAACCUGCGUUUCCAGCGACUUUUCACAGAAUAUCAAGAGCAGUUGGACAUUUUGAGGGACAAAUAGCAUUACUUGAUUCACUUGACAGUCCUCCUUGGUUAUUAUUUGUUUCUACUUUGUGUGAAAACCAGCUGGUAAGGAGAGAAGAAAAGCAAAGCAACUUGCAAAGCAAGAAACAGUGGUGCUAAAGGAAAUAUGGUUAAGUAUGAGGAGCCCAUUAGGAAGCCUACAGCCCAUUCUAGCCCUUCUUAGCAUCCAUUAGAAGCCCUGUCAUUCCAAUUUGUUUCAUGGUUACUUGAAAAAAGCGGGGUUUGAUUAAAAUGUUAUAAUUGAGGAUAUUGGACUUUGUUUGCAAGAAAGCACAUAGUACAUUACUAAUACACUUAAAAAGCAAUUCCCCCCCUCCCCCCCAAAGCUUGGGCUCUGUCCAGUAAUGACAAGACCUUGCACUAUUUGAAACUUGAUAGCUGUUAUGCAGCCAAACUUCACUUUUGAAUACAAAAAGAAUAACACAAGUCUAUGCUACCCAACAAGACUAUUUUUGUACUAGACUUUGCUAACUUGUGAUACUCUCCAUGGGCCAACAAUCAAAAAGCUACGUGUCCACUGAAUGUAGGAAGUCCAAAUCAUGACUGCGGUGCUGAGCGAUUCUACAGCUAAACUGUCCUCAUUCAGAUUUUACUCUAAACAUUUGUAAAACUGUUUUUUUUUUUUUCAUUCCUUUUCUAAUUGCUGAAUUAAAAUGAAAAUCAUUGGUA